GGUGCUCAAACUUUGUUGAGUUGGUGUGUGCUUUGUUUCGUUCAGAAUCUUUUACCCGUAUACUGGACAAUUCCUACCAUACAUAUAUUUCACAAUGGCUUCCAACGAACUCCCCAAUGUCAAGCUCUUUUGGCUCGAAAAGUCUCGCUCUCAACGUAUUCUCUGGCUCCUCCAGGAGCUCAAUUUGCCUUAUGAGCUUGAGAUUUUCCAUCGCAACAAGCAGACAUUCCUUGCCCCUCCAGAGCUUCAGAAGAUUCAUCCUCUGGGCAAGUCGCCUGUGAUCCAACUCACACCCGCUGGUGCUGAGGCAGGCGCUGAGCCUAUCACUUUGGCUGAGAGCGGCUUCAUCACGCAGUACCUCACCGAGAAUGUGCCUGAGGGUAAGAGGCUGAUGCCCUCGCGAUGGAAGGAGGGUAUGGAGGGUAAGAUUGGAGGCGAGACUGAGAUGUGGAUGAGAUAUCAGUAUUACCUUCAUUACUGUGAGGGUACUCUCAUGCCUCCUCUAGUCAUGGGACUUGUCAUCGGCAUGCUCAAGUCCCCCAUGGUUCCCUUCUUCAUCCGUCCCAUCUCAACGAUGCUGGCUAACCGGGUCAUCUCCUCAUUCAUUGCCCCCAAUCUACAAGUCAACCUGAAGAUGAUUGAGGGCCAUCUAGCCACAUCAGGAGGCGACUACAUCUGCGGCACUUCGCUAACAUCGGCGGAUAUCCUGCUCAGCUUCCCGCUGAUCGCAGCUGAGCCAGAACUUGACAAGUUUGGCUCGUUUGAGGGAGAAGAGUCCUGGAAGACUGUGUUCCCCAAGGUGGCGGCGUACGUUGAGAGGAUCAAGAAUGAGGAGGGCUACAAGAGGAGCGUUGAGAAGAUUAUUGAGAUUGAUGGCAACUUUAAGGCUUCUUUGUAA